AAAACUAGAACAUAACAAUAAUAUAAAUAAGGUUUUCGUUUUAAAACAUGGAGAAAAUUGCCAGUGAAACGACAUCAAUGCAUUUCUGAAUUCUCUUCCUUAGAAAAAUCUUCAUCCUUCUGACCAUUUGACUCUCUUGAUUUAUUUUAUUCAGAGUAGAAUGGUGUCAUUCUGAUGCAAUUAUGCCGAAUGGUUAUUCCUACAAUUCCUGAUCAUAUGAUCUCAAUGUGAAAUUUUUAGUGCUCUCCCAGUAAAGGCUCAAGCAUCCCUAUUGUUAUAAUGGGACAAGUCUUUCUUUAAGUGAGUCCUCAUUCCAAUUUAGAUUAGGAGAAAAUCCAAUCCAAUCUGGAUUAACACUUGAAGGUAAAUAGAAUCCCCAGUGUUCCCAAAGUCAAGUUGCAGUCAGGACCUCAAAUAUGGGACUUUCUGUUUGGCUGCCGCUCAGGAUUUAUCUAGCCACUCUUUCAGCUCCAGAGAGGAAGGUGUGAGCCCCAAAGCUAGGAAUGAGAGUGAGAAAAGGAGGGAGCCUGGGGGGAGGAGGAGAAGUCAAAGCGGAACAGCCGGUGAGUGGUGGAUCCAGGUUGAAUACGAGCCCUUGGGGUAGAGUAUGGAAGUCUGGGAGGAGUCCAGAGCAGACGUUGGGCCUCUCCAGUGGCGAAGACAUUUCACGUGAUGGAGGCGGGGUUUGGGGCGGGGAAGCAGCUCAGGACCUGACUUCCUGCUCGUGGGCGUCAUAGAAGGAGGCGGCUCAUUUUGGGAAGUCUCAGUGACUGGCUAAUGUGGGAACUCUUGGACCCAGGAGAAAUCUCGAGAGAGCUGGCUGGAAACUAGAACUUCUGUACUUGAGCUCUCUCUGCCUCCUGCAAGCCGGCUCUGUAGGUGCAGGUCCCAGGCUAGCCCCCUGUCCAGGAAAAGAAGGAAACAAUAUCUGUGCAGAUAUAAUCAUCCCACACACACACAGCCUGCAGAGACCAAGGCCUAGCCCAAGCAGGGAGCCUGGAGCCAGAGGGAAUGGCCCCUGAGAACCGCACACCCCCACCCCAGGAGUUGGUGACCUUCAAGGAUGUGGCUGUGGACUUCAGCCCUGAGGAGUGGGGUCUGUUGGACCCGGAUCAGAAAGAGCUGCACAAGGAGGUCAUGCUGGAGAAUGCUGAGAACUUGCUCUCCCUGGGACUUCCAGUUCCCAGAGAAGAUUUCAUCUCCCAUGUGGAAAGAGGAGGCCUGAGGAAUUCUCUGACUUUGACAGAGCAAUCUACUCCUACUAAAUAUGAGAGAAUUCACACGGAAAAACAAUCUUACAUAUGUAAUCAAUGUGGAAAGGAUUUCCAGUGUUAUUCCAAAUUGGCUCAACAUCAGAGAAUGCACACUGGAGAGAAGCCUUAUAAAUGUAAUGAAUGUGGAAAAGCUUUUAUACAUCAUCCCAGUCUUGCUAAACAUCAGAGAAUCCACACUGGACAGAAGCCUUAUAAAUGUAAUGAAUGUGGAAAGGCUUUUACACGGAGUGACAAUCUUCAUGAACAUCAGAGAAUCCACACUGGAGAGAAGCCUUAUGAAUGCAAUGCCUGUGGAAAGGCUUUCACAUAUCACUCUUAUCUUAUUGCACAUAAGAGAAUUCACACUGGAGAGAAGCCUUAUGAAUGCAAUGAAUGUGGAAAGGCUUUCAUACAGAGCUCCAGUCUUCAUAAACAUCAGAGAAUCCACACUGGAGAGAAGCCUUAUGAAUGUAAUGAAUGUGGAAAAGCUUUCAUACAGAGCUCCAGUCUUCGUAAACAUCAGAGAAUCCACACUGGCGAGAAGCCUUAUGAAUGUAAUGAAUGUGGAAAGGCUUUCAUGGAUCACUCCUACCUUGCUGUCCAUCAAAAAAUCCACACUGGAGAGAAGCCUUAUGUAUGUAAUGAAUGUGGAAAGGCUUUCACAAAGAGCUCUUACCUUGUAGCACACCAGAGAAUCCACACUGGAGAGAAGCCUUAUGAAUGUAAUGAAUGUGGAAAGGCUUUCACAAGGCACUCCCAUCUUGAUGCACAUAAAAGAAUCCACACUGGAGAGAAGCCUUAUGAAUGUAACGAAUGUGGAAAGACUUUCACAUAUCACUCCAAUCUUGCUGUCCAUCAAAGAAUCCACACUGGAGAGAAGCCUUAUGAUUGUAAGGAAUGUGGAAAGGCUUUCACAAAUCGCUCCUACCUUGUAGUACAUGAGAGAAUCCACACAGGAGAAAAGCCUUACAAAUGUAAUGAAUGUGGAAAGGCUUUCAUGGAUCACUCCUACCUUCUAGUACAUCAGAGAAUCCACACUGGAAAGAAGCUUUAUGAAUGUAAUGAAUGUGGAAAGGCUUUCAGAAGGCGCUCCUGCCUUGUAGUACAUCAGAGAAUCCACACCGGAGAGAAGCUUUAUGACUGUAAUGAAUGUGGAAAGAUUUUCACACAGCUCAGCAAUCUUACUUCCCAUCAGAGAAUCCACACUGGAGAGAAGCCUUAUGAAUGUAAUGAAUGUGGAAAGGCUUUCAUGGAUCGCUCCUGCCUUGUAGUACAUCAGAGAAUCCACACUGGAGAGAAGCUUUAUAAAUGUAAUGAAUGUGGAAAGGCUUACACAAAGCACUACUACCUUGAUGUACAUCAGAGAAUCCACACUGGAGAGAAGCCUUAUGAAUGUAAUGAAUGUGGAAAAGCUUUCAGAAGGCGUUCCUGCCUUGUAGUACAUCAGAGAAUCCAUACUGGAGAGAAGCCUUACAAAUGUAACGAAUGUGGAAAGGCUUUUACAAAGCGCUCCUACCUUGUAGCACAUCAGAGAAUCCACACUGGAGAGAAACCUUAUGAAUGUAAUGAAUGUGGAAAGGCUUUCAUGGAUCGCUCCUGCCUUGUAGUACAUCAGAGAAUCCACACUGGAGAGAAGCUUUAUAAAUGUAAUGAAUGUGGAAAGGCUUACACAAAGCACUACUUCCUUGAUGUACAUCAGAGAAUCCACACUGGAGAGAAGCCUUAUGAAUGUAAUGAAUGUGGAAAAGCUUUCAGAAGGCAUUCCUGCCUUGUAGUACAUCAGAGAAUCCAUACUGGAGAGAAGCCUUACAAAUGUAACGAAUGUGGAAAGGCUUUUACAAAGCGCUCCUACCUGGUAGCACAUCAGAGAAUCCACACUGGAGAGAAGCCUUAUGAAUGUAAUGAAUGUGGAAAGGUUUUCCUAGAUCGCUCCUACCUUGUAGUACAUCAGAGAAUCCACACUGGAGAGAAGCUUUAUAAAUGUAAUGAAUGUGGAAAGGCUUACAUGGAUCACUCCUACCUUCUAGUACAUCAGAGAAUCCACACUGGAAAGAAGCUUUAUGAAUGUAAUGAAUGUGGAAAGGCUUUCAGAAGGCGCUCCUGCCUUGUAGUACAUCAGAGAAUCCACACCGGAGAGAAGCUUUAUGACUGUAAUGAAUGUGGAAAGAUUUUCACACAGCUCAGCAAUCUUACUUCCCAUCAGAGAAUCCACACUGGAGAGAAGCCUUAUGAAUGUAAUGAAUGUGGAAAGGCUUUCAUGGAUCGCUCCUGCCUUGUAGUACAUCAGAGAAUCCACACUGGAGAGAAGCUUUAUAAAUGUAAUGAAUGUGGAAAGGCUUACACAAAGCACUACUACCUUGAUGUACAUCAGAGAAUCCACACUGGAGAGAAGCCUUAUGAAUGUAAUGAAUGUGGAAAAGCUUUCAGAAGGCGUUCCUGCCUUGUAGUACAUCAGAGAAUCCAUACUGGAGAGAAGCCUUACAAAUGUAACGAAUGUGGAAAGGCUUUUACAAAGCGCUCCUACCUUGUAGCACAUCAGAGAAUCCACACUGGAGAGAAACCUUAUGAAUGUAAUGAAUGUGGAAAGGCUUUCAUGGAUCGCUCCUGCCUUGUAGUACAUCAGAGAAUCCACACUGGAGAGAAGCUUUAUAAAUGUAAUGAAUGUGGAAAGGCUUACACAAAGCACUACUUCCUUGAUGUACAUCAGAGAAUCCACACUGGAGAGAAGCCUUAUGAAUGUAAUGAAUGUGGAAAAGCUUUCAGAAGGCAUUCCUGCCUUGUAGUACAUCAGAGAAUCCAUACUGGAGAGAAGCCUUACAAAUGUAACGAAUGUGGAAAGGCUUUUACAAAGCGCUCCUACCUGGUAGCACAUCAGAGAAUCCACACUGGAGAGAAGCCUUAUGAAUGUAAUGAAUGUGGAAAGGUUUUCCUAGAUCGCUCCUACCUUGCUGUCCAUCAGAGAAUCCACACUGGAGAGAAGCCUUAUGAAUGUAAUCAGUGUGGAAAGGCUUUCAUAUAUCGUUCCUAUCUUGUUGUCCAUCAGAGAAUCCACACUGGAGAGAAGCCUUAUGAAUGUAAUCAAUGUGGAAAGGCUUUCUCACGGCGUGAAAGUCUUGGUAAACAUGUGAAAAUCCACAUUGGACAGAAACCUUCAAUCAAUGCUCAAAUCUUGCUUAGCAACAAAGAGUGUACAUUAGAGAAAAACUUUUGAGUGUCUGGAUCAUGGUAAAGUUUUUAAUAUAUAUUAGGCCCUGACUAGACAUGGGAGAUCCCAUACUAGAUGUAAAACCUCAUUCAUCUAAUCCAUAUGGAAAAACAUUCAGGCUCACUUCAUCCCUGAAUUACCUCCAGAAAAUUCCUAGAAGAUUGAAAUCAUGGAUAAAGACAUAAAAAAGGAGGACAGAGCUUCUUAAUCAGCAGGGAUUUUCUGCUUGGCAAGAAGUCUCCUAUGGACUUGGCCCAGGAAGAUCUUUAGCCCAGGUUCAUCUCUAAGUUUACAUCUGAAGAUUUGGAGUGGAGGGAAGACUUACAAAUGUGCCCUUAGCUAGAAUAUAAGGUUCACUAUAAAUCACAAUAUUCACACUGAAAAGAAACAUUAUACAAAAUAUUUGCAGAAAAGCUUUCACCUGGAUCUCAUCCUUUCUGUAGAAAUCUUGUUGCAGAUGAAACAUGUGAAUAUAAUAAAUGAGGGAAGAUCUCUUCCUAUAGCACAGAUCUUAUGAGACAUUGCAAGUUUGUAUUGCGUAUAAAGGUCAGAAAAAAGAUUUGAGUUUUUCUCUGAAAUCCCAAGAUUGGUAUCUAAAGAAGGGUCUUUUUGAUGGGGGGAACCAAUUGUUUUAAUCUCUUUGCUCUAUCAAUAAUGAGUAAGAGAUUUUUUAAAUCUGAUUUUACAUUGUUUUUAUUACUUAAUUUUCCUCUUCAUUCUCUUGUUUAUUUCUAAAUUCUUUAGCUUUCCAACUAUGUGAUAAGUUAUAUGUUACAUGUUCUAAUUUUCUUUUAAAAUGUCUGUGGCUUAGGUCUCCAUUUUGACCUUAUUUUGCUAAAUUAUGUUGAGUGGGUUCACGGGGAAGUGAGGCCUUUACAGAAAGCUGACCUCCAGAAGAGUGCCAUAAUUUAGGGCUACAUUUCCAGAAAAACUCCCCCUUAUACCUUGCUUAGUCUUGCACAAACCACUUUGCCACAUCAGCAAGUUUUGUAAUGUAUAGUUACUGUUCUUAAGUGGAAUAGGUUCCUAUGAGAGAUUGGGAGCCUAGUGUGAGAUGUCAUAUAAAUUCUAAUCUUGUAUUUGACAAAUAUAAAAAUUAAAGACUUGGGAAUAAGAA